CUCAGUCAACGACGCAGCUGAUCAAAGUCGUUCGAAUCGUACGUAAACCUUUUUCACAAGCAAAAGAAUUACAACUUUCCAUACAUAGUAAGAUCGAUGGACUUGGCUGUCUUAGAAUCGAUCCGGCAGCACCUUCUCGGCGAUUCCGAAACUACUGGGAGUUUCCCGGCGAUGAGCUUCGACAAUGCCCAGGUGGUCAGAAAUGUUGUUCUUACCGAGAGUUGGGGUGCAUUGCCGGCGUUUAAAGUCGACGACACGGCAACAACAAGAACUGAAUUGACAGAGGCGCGUGAAAAACAAGCGCCGCGAUUUAGGGGAGUGAGGAGGAGGCCGUGGGGGAAGUAUGCUGCGGAGAUAAGGGACCCAAAGAAGGGCGGCAUGCGGGUUUGGCUCGGGACUUACGAAGCGGCUGAGGAUGCGGCUUUGGCUUACGACCAAGCCGCUUUCAAGAUGCGCGGCUCGAAAGCCAAGCUCAAUUUUCCGCACUUGAUUGGCUCGAGCGGAGCCGAGCCCGUUAGAGUGACUCCCAAGCGCCGCCGCUCAUUGGAGCCGUCGUCAUCGUCGUCGGAUAACGGCUCUCCGAAGACGAAGCGGAGCAAGAGUGGCGGUGGCUCGAUGGCUCAUGCCGAGUUGAUUUAUGAAAGUAGUUCAAUAGAGAUUUCAAUGGCUAAUGAAUCAGUUGCACGGUGGACUUUUGAUCAUCUGACUAAUGGCAUCCCUAAUCCCUUCUUUACAUAUGAUCAACAAACAAAUUGUAAGUGAAGGCCUUAUUGUCUUCCCAUUAAGCAAAUUUUCUUUUUGGGGCUUUAAUU